AUGCAUUUGCUCAUUCAGGAGCACCACAUCACGCAACUACGCUCUCUAUUGCCCUAUCUCCAGUUCAUACUACCCAACGAUCCAGAGUAUCCUGCCGCAAUAUCUCGCUGGAACCCCGCAAACCAACGCAAACCAGGUAUAAUUGCUUUCCCGCUCACUACGCAAGAUGUCUCAUAUCUGGUUCGCUUUGCACAUGACAAUCUUCUCGAAAUCGCCGUCAAGGGCGGUGGAAUGGGAAACCGCGGAUCUUCUACCGAUGGUGGUCUAUGCAUCGAUUUGUCAGGCAUGAGGACUGUCACCGUUUAUCCAGCAAGCAAGCGUGUGGCUGCGGAUGGCGGAGCGCUCUGGUCAGAUGUCUAUGCCCAGCUUGAUGAGCACGACCUUGCAGUUGUCGGUGGCAUUUCGCCCGCCGUGGGGGUUGGAGGUCUCUCGCUACAUGGAGGACAUGGGUGGCUAACCGGGGCCCACGGACUGGCACUAGAUCAGUUCCUAGAGCUGGAAGUAGUCCUGGCUGACGGAAAUAUUAUUCGGACAUCUGACACCCAAGAACCUGACCUCUUCUGGGCCCUUCGUGGGGCUGGAAGUGCCUUUGGAGUCGUCACGCAGUUUGUGCUGAGAGCUUUCGAACAGCCAAAUUCGGUCUGGACGGGUCGGCUUGUGCUUGCAAAUCCCACGGAAAACAUCAACGCUGUCAUCAAAACAGCCAAUAACAUUCUAUCAGAACAAGAGAAAGGCCAGUCCGCCAUGUGUUGGGGGUGGACUGUGCCACGUCCCGAGACGGGGCCAGUCAUCUGGGUUGUGCCCUUUUACAAUGGAAGUGAGGAAGAAGCAAAGGAAUUUUUUGCGCCUUUAUUGAACCUUGGAAAGUCGCUGAUAGUCAACUCGACCAAAGCCGUUCCGUUUUCGGCCUCUGCGAGUGACGGCGGAGGAUCGUCAGGAGAAGGCCUAAGAAAACUUGGUCACGGAAGUGCCGUCAUGGCUCCCUUGGAUCCGGCUUUUUUUCGGGGCCUAUAUCAAGACUAUGCGACAUUUAUGUCGCGGGUACCGGAUGCUGGUAAGAGGACAAUGAUUAUGUUCGAAAUUCACAAUACGAAAGCAACUACGAGACUCGCACAAGAUGCGACAGCAUAUCCGAACCGUGGGAAUCAGGUCAAUGUGCAAUUUGUCGUAACAUGGGCCGAGAAAGAAAACGACGUGGCAUGUGAGGAAUGGUGUCGUCAAUUCACGAAAAAGAUGAUCGAUGAUUUUCAGCGACGAAGAGAUGAAAGCACUGUUGAUGAUGUUACGAAGGAUAGUGUUGGAUUGUAUUCUAAUUAUAAUGGUAACUUUCCACACCCCCCUCGGAUAUCCCAGAAACUGAAGGACACUGACGUAUCCACAGGGUUUGGACUAGGAGCGAAAGAUCUUUUUGGUGUCAAUUAUGAUCGACUUGUGGAUCUGAAGAAAAAGUAUGACUCUGAGAAUCUAUUCUACAAGUUUUUUGAUAUCUUAGAGUAG